UCUCUCCUGCGGGACGUGGCUGUGCAGCUGGUGAGGGAGAAGCGGUAAGGGCUGGGGAUUGGAGGAAAGGAAAAAUACAUAGUAAGCAAUCUUUAGGCAGCAACAACAGUUUCCCAUCGACUUUCGAAAGGCAUUUCACUCACUGCCAAUACUGACACCACAGGCACAAAUCAAAAGCUAAGCUCUCGAUGGCCCCCGUCCAAAUCUUCGUACCAGCCAAUGGAAAUGGGGGAUGGAGGCAUUUUUUUUAAAGGGUUGGACGUAAACGAACCAAUGGUAUGGUCGAGCGAUCCGGCUACAUGAACCUACAACUGUUUGGGACUUUAAAUACGGUGUGGCGCUCUACUCGGGUACAUUUAAACAGAAUCGUGUGGCACAACUCGACAGAAACGAAAAUAUUUUGCUACACUCUAAAUCCAGGCAUUUAUCUAUCAAGCAUUUUGUUUAUUUUUAUUUGUGGAUUUUUGGGUUGGACUUUGGUAAGACAAUGUCCAACGUCCAGCUAACAAGCAGCGCCCUGGAGAGGUUGGCCGCACGGAGGACCUUUCCUCUCCACGCACGCACAGGCGUCUGCCGUAACCUGUUUGGACCGGUGGAUCACGACGAACUGAACCGGGAGAUGAAAUCCAAGAUGUGGGAGAUUUCUGAGAGGGACCAGCGGAGAUGGAACUUUAAUUUCGACGCCGACGUGCCACUGUCUGGGGACUACGAGUGGGAGGAAACCCCGUUAGAUACGACUCCAGUCUUCUACCAGGACUCUGUACAGGUCGGGAGGAACAGGAUUGUAACACCAGUCAAUCUGAAGCAAUGCGUGGACUUUAUCCCACUGGAUGUAUCGCCUCUUUGCGAGGACCGUUUGACCAACUCUGAAAGUAGCACUCCCUGUCCCACCGAAGUCAACCAGGAGAACUGGGCAAUGAAGCAGAACUCGGGGAAGCCUACCCGCAAACUAGCCCCGUGCGUUCGAAGCAAAAGGACGGCUACUACUGAUACAACCACCACGGCACAUAUUACAGACUUCUACGUGAAACGUAAAAGGACGACGACCGAGACGAAGCUGAAUGAAAGCACUUGCCAGCAUCCUUCGUCUCCCAUUCCUGCAGAACAAACUCCACGCAAGAGAAUUCGUUGAAGGCGUUAGCCCUAUUCUUGUGAUUAUCGUUUCUCCUACCGUCUGAUUUGAAGGAGACAGAAAACAAGGGAUGGAGAACCCGCCUGCUCGACUGUCCAUCGGCUUGGUGCGUCUCCGAGUGGACCUAUAUGGAACGUAGCCUACAGUCCGUGGACUCUCAGGAUUGAACGGUCGGGACAGAGGAUUCGCCUAAGGACUCAGACAAAAUGUAGCAUUCAUGGUUGCUUUGCAUACAGCCACUUGACAGUGUUAAUAAAUGUUUAACAACUGUGCAAUCCUAAAUUACUUUAAAUUGUCUACACUGGCCAAAAGUGUACAGCUUUAUAAAGACAUUAUAAAUGUUUAUUUCUGUUAAAUAUUUCUGGGUUGUGUAAAUAGGCAAUUUUUUAAGACUAUUCUAACUUAUAAUUUAUUUGUUUCUUUAGGCCUACAUUUGCAAAUGCCGUUUUGAUUUAGUCAAAGGGCACAUUUUUUAUUUUAUUUACAAAGUUUUAUUGUGAUGUUUUGCAAUCAUGUAGCUUUUUAUAGUGCACUUGAAACUUAGAUUUCAUCGUGUUUCUGAGCCGUUUUCUAUAUCAUUGCCCUUAUUUUCUGUUUUGCAAAAUAUGCAAAUAAAAUAUUGUCAUUGAAAUUUAAA